AUGAGGAAACGGUUGCAGCAGAAAGCGGCGGACAUUCGUGAAAUGCAGGCUAGAUUAUUUGGAGAUGACGUCAUGGGUACUUCUCAAGAUCCUGAUAAAGCAGGUGAUACCCAGAUGGGCAAUUCCAAAGGUGGCGUUGAGGAAGUUGAACCGCUCUCUGUAUUUGUUGGAAAUGUUGACUAUGCAUGCACAGUUGAUGAAGUGCACCAACAUUUCGAGAGAUGUGGAACUGUAAACCGAGUCACCAUCCUGAGUGACAAGUAUGGGCAGCCCAAGGGUUUUGCAUAUGUGGAGUUUGUCGAUGAAGAAGCUGUUGACGAGGCUCUGCGCCUAAAUGAAUCUGAACUGCAUGGCCGCAAACUCAAGGUUAUGCGUAAGAGGAAAAACGUGCCUGGAAUGAAACAACGUCGUCCAAGGCACUUUAAUCCCUAUGUGGCGUAUGGGUAUGAGCCUAGCGUCCCACCUUACUUCUACUCUCCUUAUGGGGUAUAUGGCCAUUUUCCAAGGUUUCGGAAGCCACAGUGAUGGAGAAUAGCGGCGGCGGGUGCAAGUAUGUAGUGAAACCAAACCAGGCCAGCAGCUAAGCUAGCACCACCAAUAUAUGUAGUUACGUUGUU